AUGUUCAAAGGUUACUCUUCCAUUCAAAAUCACUUUCUCAAGGACGUUGAUUCCUAUCCACUCCAAACACAAUACGAUCCACAGGUACCAUGGAUCGUAACAGAAAAGAUUCACGGAUCAAACUUUAGUUUUGUAGUGAGUCUUGUAAAGGAUGAUGCUGCAUCAAUUGAUGAUAAUAAUUUACAAAUUCAGGUGGCAAAACGUACGGAAAUUUUGGCAGAUAAUGAUCCGUCUUAUUAUCCAAAGGCUGUUCGAUCAGUUCGUGAAUUAUAUGAUGAAAAGAUGAAAUUGUUAUUUAAGAAUUUGGCUCUUGAUUUGGAAAAGAAGAGAAAUGUAAAACUUGUUAGUUUGAGUGUUUUUGGUGAAUUAUUUGGUGGUAAUUAUCCACAUAAGGAUGUAAAGAAUGUUGGUGAUAGAGCUCCGAUUCAGAGACAUGUGUAUUAUUGUACAGAUUUUGAUUUUUAUGUAUUUGAUAUCUUUGUUUUUACAAAGAGUGAUGAUCCUAAUGAAAAGAGAUUGAAUUAUUUCCUUUCCUAUGAUGAUAUGGUGGAACAAGUGAAAAAAACUGGUUUGGAUUGUUAUGCAAGAGAAUUAUUUAGAGGUAAAUUGGAAGAAUGCUUGAAUUAUGACAGUGUAUUUGAUUCUGUCAUUCCUUCCACAAUCUAUGGUUUACCAGACAUGCCUCAUCACACCAAUAUUUGUGAAGGUAUCAUUAUUAAGCCACUUAUUGAUAUGAGGACUGAUAAAAAUGAUAGAAUGGUUAUCAAGAAGAAGAAUGAUAACUUUAUGGAAAAAAUUGGUCAAAAAGACAAGGUCAGAAAGGAAAGACUAGUAAAACAAAAUACUGGUAAGAAAUUCAUUGAUGAUAAAUCAGAACAAGCUAUGAGUGAUGUCCUCUCCUACAUGAAUGAAAAUAGACUGGAAGGUAACAUUUCAAAACUAGGUGACAUUUUCAAUUUCCCAAAAAUUAGGGAAAGUUGCGUCUAUUUACUUGCCCAAGAUACUUUGAAGGACUAUAGAGAGGAGAAUUCUGAAGUGUGGGAUCAACUUCCUAAGGAAGAUCGUAAAGCAAUCUCUGGUGCCUUACCUGCAAUUGCUAAACGUUUUGUUGAGGAAUAUGUCAGUAAGAAUAAACAAAAUUAAUCUUACUUUCAUU